ACGCUGUCAUCGCAUGAGAAUAUCAAAGAUAUUGGAACCAACGUAGAGAAGCUCAUGCAGCGUAAGCACCUACCGUCUUGGGAAGAUCCACCGCAGUCUGUGCUUAUCUGAUUCCGUAGAGCUAAGCAUGCUGAACGAUGGGAUGAAUCCCGAGAUGAGCAAACAACUCCAAGUCGUAUUCGACCAUUCAGGCUUUCAAGCCGAUCUCCACGUCCAGAGCCUCCGGGCUGAGCUGUUCGAUGGACCGUACGAGCCGACUGAGGAGAUGGCUUUCAAUGACAGCGAGCGGGUGUUCCUCUCACCAACAGAUCGCUGGCCCAGGCAGCUACGAGGGUUCAGCCCGUCCAUAGAGCAUGGUUCGAUCAGGGCUGGGAAGCAGGAACUCAAGACGCACCGGCCCCUGAUCUGGAUUUCGGGCCAUGCAGGCCGUCGAAAUGUCUCGUGGGUGUCGACGUUUUCAGUCGACUUGAUCUUCCACUUUCGGGAGCUUGGCUUCUUCGACGUGGCAUAUGCUUUCUGCAAACGUGGCCGAGGCCAGCGAUAUACCCCUACGUCGCUCAUGAAAGGGUUGAUCAUUCAGAUCCUGGAACGUCAUCCCUCAGUAGCGGUCAAAAACGUUCGACGACUCUCAAAACAUCGCUUCCGCGAGGUGGGAAGGGCGGAGAGGAGUGGCCAAAAGGGGCAGCAGAGCGGACACCUCGUAUGGGCGUUGCUGGAGGACUUGUUGCGGCUCAUCGAGGUGGCACCAGAGUUCCAAACGCGGACGGUACUGCUGCUCAUCGACAGGCUGGACCUGUGUGUUUCCGAAGAGGGUUUCAGCGUGCUCAGCGACUUCAUCCCGCGACUCCAGGACAUGAGCCAGAAGAUAUCGCGCAUCCAGGUCAUGAUCACGACAGCGCGACUCUCGCCACUUGGCAUACCGACUUUGAGGAAGGGCCCAGAACUGCUGCAGGCGUACGGGAAGAAGAGUCACGGAUGAUACACUGAGCCUGCAGAUGAGAGUCUAAAUUGCAUGGAGGACUCCAGGCUACGGGUCAAUUCGACGCAACUUGACUUGUAAACUAGUUAGGGGCAGGGGGUUCAGAAGUAGGUAGGGUUAUAAUCAGAGAAGUAAAGUUUCCUUGUCUCCAGACUAGUCUAACCUAAUAUAGACUAGUCGACGAAUUU